AUGUAUGCCCUCGCUAAGAAGAUUGGCAGGGUGGUGGAGUUGGCCUAUGACCCAAAGGUUUCGCAAACGACUGAUUACGUGCGUGCCAAGGUAUGCUUCAAUGUGGAGAACCCAGCCUUGGAGGCUAAGAAUCUCAUAAUACCGGAGGAGGUAGUGGUCAUUAAGUACGAAUAUGAGAAGAUUCAUAAAAGAUGUUUCUCAUGUCUUCGCUUGACACAUGAAAAAGCUCACUGUCCUUUCCUUAAAAGGGCACAGGCGAACAGAGGUGGAACAUCUAAAGAAGGGGAAGCUAUUAGAAAUACUCAGAUACCAGCGCUGCUAGCUGCGCCUCUGGAAUCGCCUCCGAGUUUUCCUACGAUGUUUCCAGAACUAUCUAAAGAAGAUAGGCAAGCGGCCAUGAUGUAUGUCUCCCAUGCGGACGAGACUGAGAGGAGAGCUAGAAUCUUACGAGUCCAACAUUCCAUCGAAAAUGCGAAAGAUGAUGACACAAGUGUGCCUAUCAGAAUAUCCCACAACCUCAACAAAGAUAAAGGGCUGGUGUUUGGCUAUAGCCAUGGUGAUGAUAGCAACAGCGAGAGCAAUAAUACCAAUACUCUUCAUGCUGUCUCGGCCCCUGCUUUGCUAAAAGAUAAAGAGGACAGAGCUGCUACCUCUGGGGAACAGAGUGCUUCAUCCAACUUUCAGAUUAACGGUUCAACGGUUUUCAGAUUGGGUAACACUACUUCAUCUGGAUAUACCGGAACUUCGAGAUCUAAAAGGAUUGAUCGGAAAAGACCACCAGCCUGGGUGAGAAGAGUGAGAACAAACAGGUACGGCGCUGGUGCUAUUGCUGUUUCACAAGGAGUAUUUCAGCCCAUGGAGGGAUCGGGGAAACGUAAGCCAGAGGACAAUAAGGGUCAGAGCUCAGACUACGUUGGAGCAGAGGGAUCUAAGAAACCAAACACAAACAAAAUUUCGGUGGCUUCCAGUUUGAAGCCGCUGCCAUCCCAAUGA